AUGGGUGGUGAUACGUAUAAAGUGCCGGAAUACACCAAGUUUAGUAGUAUAAAAGGAAUACCACAAUUGGAACAGCUUGAGAAGGAAUUAGCUAAGAAGGGACUCAAGGAUCCAUGGAUAAGGAAUGAAGUGUGGCGGUACCAUCCCGGCUUUGGAACGAAGCUGCUGAGAGCUCGUAAACUGUUCUUUCGUGGUUUUCCACUGGGUUUGCUCCUUACGGUAGUCACGGUGGCAGUUGAAAAAGCCAUUGGUGGCGAUGAUCACCACGACCACGCAGAACACUAG